ACAUCCACGCUUCGGUGAGGUGAAGCGGUUGUUUUCGUCCCGAUGUGUGUAACUAGCUACCUGUAACGGAGGAAUAACGGCUGAUACACCUGAAUUCCCGCGGUGUCCCGGGCCUGUAGGGUAUCCGACACCCUCUGGAAUUAUUGUCCGACUGAGGGUUUCCGUCCCGGUUUCGUUUUCGGUCAGUUUAUCGCCAUGUUAUCAUCCGUUCCCACCAGGCUAAUUGCGCGAAGGUCGCGCAGCCUGUCGCCGUGUAGCCGCGUGCUCAAGACCAGCGCAGGCGGCGCCGCGAGCCACAGCAUCCGGGAGACACCGGCGGAGACCAACCGGAACCCCAUCGUGUCCACGUCCCGGACCUCUAGACGGGGGAUUUUAGCAGAGGAGACCGCUGGAACCAGUGUGAACUCAUCGGUGCAGUACCACCACCUCGCCCCUAGAUGGCUGUCUAACCUGGAGAACCGCCGCAGCUCCUGGGCGGCUCUGGCCAGCAGGGGGCGCAACAACAACCAAUACUGGGAGGAGAGCGGCCGGAGCGGCGGGGGUGAAGGCGAGGGAACAGGUGGAGGAGCCAGCCGGGCAGGGCUGGCCUCUGCCGGUGUGCUGUCUGCUGCAGCUGUGGCCCUCUGUCUGAAGAAAGACUCUGACAACAAAGGUGACGCUCUUCUGGAGGCAGCGAGGACCAAUAAUGAUCAAGAUGUGGCCAGGCUGGUAAAAGAGGGGGUGGACCCAAAUCAGCGCCAUCGUCUCGGUUGGACCGCUCUCAUGGUGGCUGCCAUGAACCGACAGCACAGUGUGGUGAAAGUUCUGCUGGAAGCCGGUGCCGACCCGAACGCCGGGGAUCACUUUAACAACGUUUACGACACCUCACGGGAGAAAGGCAUCCACUCGCUGGAAGUACUGGUGUCCAGAGAGGAUGAAUUCAGCAGCAGGCUUAGCAGCAGGGCUGGUUUCAGGGGCUGCACAGCGCUUCACUACGCCACGCUGGCUGAUGACCCAGGCACUGUCCGCAUGCUGCUGGAGGCCGGUGCCAACCCCCUGCAGACCAAUGGUUUGGGACACACAGCUCGGGCCUACGCUAAGGAGGGAGAAGUGGGCACAGUACUGCAGGAGUGGGAGGGAAAGUUCCAGGAGGCACAGGCUCGGCGGGAGGCAGAGGAAAGAAGGAGGUUUCCCCUGGAGAGGAGGCUGAAGGAGCACAUCAUCGGACAGGAGGGUGCCAUCAAUACUGUGGCUUCAGCCAUCAGGAGGAAGGAGAACGGCUGGUACGAUGAAGAGCAUCCUCUCGUGUUCCUCUUCCUUGGCUCAUCAGGAAUCGGAAAGACAGAGUUGGCCAAACAGGUGGCUCGCUACAUGCACAAGGACAUUAAAAAGGGUUUCAUCCGGAUGGACAUGUCUGAGUUCCAGGAAAAACAUGAGGUUGCAAAGUUCAUCGGCUCCCCACCAGGAUAUGUGGGACAUGAGGAAGGGGGUCAGCUGACCAAGCUGUUGAGGGCAUGUCCCAACGCUGUGGUCCUGUUUGAUGAAGUGGAUAAAGCCCACCCUGAUGUUCUCACCAUCAUGCUGCAGCUCUUUGAUGAAGGUCGUCUUACAGACGGCAAGGGGAAAACAAUUGAAUGCAAAGAUGCCAUCUUCAUCAUGACGUCAAACGUUGCAAGUGAUGAGAUUGCCCAGCAUGCACUGCAGCUCCGCCAGGAAGCUGAGGAGGUCAGCCGCAGAAAACUGGCCGACAAUCUUGAGGAUGUGCAGAAAGGAGAUGACAUCAAAAUUUCUCGACAGUUUAAAGAUUCUGUGAUUCGACCAAUCCUGAAGGCUCAUUUCCGGAGGGACGAGUUUCUCGGUCGGAUCAAUGAAAUUGUAUAUUUCCUGCCAUUCUGUCACUCAGAGCUGCUACAGCUGGUCAGCAAAGAGCUCAACUUCUGGGCCAAAAAGGCUAAGCAGCGCCAUGACAUCACUCUUCAGUGGGAUCGCCCAGUCCUGGACCUGUUGGCGGGCGGCUAUAACAUGCAUUACGGAGCACGCUCCAUCAAACAUGAGGUUGAGCGGCGCGUCGUCAACCAGUUGGCUGCAGCGUACGAGCAGGAGCUGCUGCCCAAAGGCUGCACUCUGCGGCUGUCGGUCCAAUCAGAGUGCCAGGAAGAGCGAAGCUUGCCCAGUCUGCGCCUCGAGGUGGUCGGAGAGGACAGCUCACCGAGAACACUGGACAUCCGGCCGCCCCUCAGCCCUGAACACUAACAAAAAAACAACACUACAACACAGGUGAUAUAUGCAGUGUACACGCAUAUGAAUUUGUCACAUAUCACCCUCAUCAUCAUCAUCAUCAUCAUCAUCA